AUGCGUUUGAAGCUCAAAGCAAUCUGGACUCUCUCUCUUCCUUUCUCUCUCUCCCUCCAACCCCAUCUCUCUCGCUCACUCUCUCACUAUCUCCUCUCCUCUAUCUGUCUCACUUUCACUCUCUCUCCCUCCCUCUCUCGCUCCCCCUCAAUCUCUCCUCUAUCUCUCUCCCUCUCCUCUAUCCGAACACCUCCAUCCCACCCGUAUGGGAUUCUCUCUCCUCCCCUCUAUUUUUUUCCUCUCCCUCCCUCUCUCAAUCUCUUCUUCUUUAUGUUCUCCUUACUCUCGCUCUCUCUCUCCCUCGCUCCUCUUCUAUCUAUCUCUCUUAUUAAAUUCACUUUCACUCUCUCCCUCCUCUCUCUCUCUUCUCUCUCCCUCUCUAUAAAAUAUAUCUCUCGUUGUUCUCUCUGUCCCUCCCUUCCUCCCCAUUCGCUCCUCUCUCCCUCUCUAAAAAUCCUCUUUCUCCAAUUACUCUCCCCUCCCUCUCAGAUCUCUUUCCCUCUCAUCUUUUCGCUCUCUCGCUCUCUCUCCCUCUCUCGUUCACUCUCUCUCUCUUCCCCUCUAUCUUUCUCACUUUCAUUCUCUCUCUCACUCUCUAUCAUCCCCUCUUUUUCACUUUCUCUCUCCCUCCCUUCUUCUCUCUCUCUCUCUCUCUCCCUCUCUCACUUGCUUUAG